ACGCAGUUCGCCCAAGAUGAGCUACAUCACUCGCCGAGCCCUCUCGACCUUGAUCCCUCCCAAGAUCGCUUCCCCCAAUGUGAGAUACUUCUUCCCAAGUGACAUUAGUCCUUGGUAGCCCCCGAGUCCUUUUUCACCCCAGGAAGUUUUUUAAUUGCGACACCGAGACUUCACAACCGAUACCUACCUCCCAUUUUUUUGCGAUACGAUAACUGACACUCGAAAAGGCGAUCGGUGCCGCCCAGGAUGCCGCUCGUAUGGAGCGUGUGGUGAACUUCUACGCCCGUCUCCCCCGUGGUGCUGCUCCUGAGGUCAAGCCCACCGGCAUUUUGGGACGCUACCAGGCCCGCUACUUCGGCAAGAACGCUUCUGCUGCUCCCUUUGUCCACGUGAUUGGUACCCUUCUCAUCAUGGGUUACGGCAUGGAGUACUACUUCCACCUUCGUCACCACAAGAACCACCCCCACUAAACAUUUCUUUCUUGUUUUCAGUGGCGGAGGAUUGAUGUAUAUACCGCCAAACCUAGAGUGAUGGCAAGGUAGAAGAAGAGAACUCUCAAUCUUUGUGUUUCAAUAUCAAGUGUCAUGCUAUUGCAUUUCUCAAAAAACCAAAGCGAAAUGAGGCAGUUCGUAGCGUAGUCUAUUAGGUAUAGUCUGUUAUUAUCACAGCUAUCCAUGAUCUGUCCCAUUUUCCCCCAAUACACCAACGUAUUGAAACUUUUUUUAAGACAGCAAUAAAGAAAAAAACAUAGACAUAUUUACAUUUAUUUCUACAGUGAAUAACGAG